CUCUGUGUUCGAUUUGUCAUCUCCGGUGUGUUUUCUGUUAGCUGCUGCAUCUGUUUCAAUUUUCUGCACAGUGACACGGACAGAUAACCGCUGGAGAUAACCUACCGAGCUUUUUUUCUGUCUCGUUAACCACCGAACCCUUGACGGAAAUGUCCACCGCCCUGGAAAGCUACAUUAACCGCACCGUGGCCAUCGUCACCUCAGACGGCAGGAUGAUCGUGGGCACUCUGAAGGGCUUCGAUCAGACCAUCAACCUGAUCCUGGAUGAGAGUCACGAGCGGGUGUUCAGCUCCAGUCAGGGCGUGGAGCAGGUGGUUCUGGGACUCUACAUCGUCCGAGGAGACAACGUCGCUGUGAUUGGUGAGAUCGACGAGGAGACCGACUCCACGCUGGAUUUAGGAAACAUCAGAGCCGAGCCGCUCAACUCUGUCGUACACUGACCUUUGACCCCCGUCGUCUCCGUGGCAACUGAUGCCUCAGCUGUUUUCUGUCAGAUCAGUGAGAUGAAGGCGAUUUGUAAAUGACGACUCUGGUCCCUCUUCCUGUUUGUGUUUGUAAAGUUUUUAUAAAUAAGGAAAUAAGUU